UCCACACUCAACAAACGGAUGCUGUUAGUGAGAUGAGAGAGAGAGAGAGAGCGCAUCUCAUUUCCCUCUCCGUUUUUUGUACAGAUAGUAGUAAGCCGUGUAAGUGACGCAUAUAAACGUGUAUAAGUAGUUCUGUGCAUAUAGAAUAAUUAGGCUAUUUACUUUCGCUUUAAGCAGUAUUUAUAAAGUAGCCUAAUGUAUAUACCGUAAAAAAAUAAGUUACUUUUUUACCGAGGCACCCAACCGUCUCCGAGUCAACAAAAAAUGCUUUGAGUUGAAGCGCAACAUCCGCCCGUUGCCAUCAUGAAGACAGGCUGCGGGGUCGACGUCUGACAACACGCUCUCUAACGUACGCCGGGCCCUCAUUGGAUGGGAUAACCACCUGUGGCGUCAGGUGACCUCGAUUGAUCGCAGGGGGCGGAGCCUGGUGUCAACUCCGUGGAGAACACAGAGGGGACUACAACGUCUCCCUAAAGAACUACAACCCCCACAGAGAGUAUCACAGAGAAGGUGACCACAACCCCCUGAUCUCAACCCUCCUCUACUUCAGGACUACAACGUCUCCCUAAAGAACUACAACCCCCACAGAGAGUAUCACAGAGAAGGUGACCACAACCCCCUGAUCCUAACCCUCCUCUACUUCAGGACUACAACGUCUCCCUAAAGAACUACAACCCCCACAGAGAGUAUCACAGAGAAGGUGACCACAACCCCCUGAUCCUAACCCUCCUCUACUUCAGGACUACAACAUCUCCCUAAGGAACUACAACCCCCACAGAGAGUAUCACAGAGAAGGUGACCACCAUCACUAUGGACGUCACAACCCCCUGAUCUCAACCCUCCUCUGCUUCAGGACUACAACGUCUCCCUAAAGAACUACAACCCCCACAGAGAGUAUCACAGAGAAGGUGACCACCAUCACUAUGGACGUCACAACCCCAUGAUCUCAACCCUCCUCUGCUUCAGGACUACAACGUCUCCCUAAAGAACUACAACCCCCACAGAGAGUAUCACAGAGAAGGUGACCACCAUCACUAUGGACGUCACAACCCCCUGAUCUCAACCCUCCUCUGCUUCAGGAAUACAACGUCUCCCUAAAGAACUACGACCCCCAGGGUUCCGAGCGGAGCAGCCAUGAGCGCGGAGACCCAGGUGAAGUGUGUGCUGGUGGGGGACAGUGCUGUCGGGAAGACGGCCCUCCUGGUUCGCUUCACGUCAGAGACCUUCCCUGAGUGCUACAAACCAACUGUGUACGAGAACACUGGAGUGGAGGUCUUCAUGGACGGGGCUCCGAUCAACCUGGGUUUGUGGGACACGGCAGGAAAUGACACGUUCAGACAGAUCCGUCCUAUGUCCUAUCAGCAGGCAGAUGUGGUCCUGAUCUGCUACUCCGUGGCCAACGCCGCCUCCCUCGCCAGCGUCAAGCACAAGUGGCUGGUAGAGGUGCGUGACAACCUUCCCCGUGUCCCGGUGCUGGUGGUGGCCACCCAGACGGACCAGCGUGACUCCGGGCCUCACAGCGCUCCUGCUCCUCCGCCGCAGAGGGCAAACGCCGCUCAGGACAUACGGGCCAAGGGAUACCUGGAGUGCUCGCCGCUAAGCAACCGCGGCGUGCAGCAAGUGUUCGAGUGUGCGGUGAGGACAGCGGUGAACCAGGCCAGGAAACGGACGCGCCCGCGGAUGUUUGAUAUCAACAGCUGCGUGGUGUUUUGACCUCUGAACCUCUGAACCUUUUGGAGGGGGGGCUAGGUUGGGGUGGUGCUGGGAGGAUACUGAAGCCUCUAACUACUGCUCGGGGCCAGUGGCGACUCAGACUUGGACUCAUCGCCAGGGACUUGAGACUGGCGGGUUAGUGACUCGACUACAUCACUGUGUCUGACUUGAACUGUUCGAGGUCCUGUCUGACCCCAUGACCUGUGGUUUUGGGGAAACUGAGGUCCUGUCUGACCCCAUGACUCUUGUUUAACUAACUGAUAGUUUUCACAAAAGAACAAACAAAACAGGAUCAUUCCUAGAGGAGAGAGAGAGACAGAGAGAGAGAGAGACAGAGAGAGAGAGAUGAAAUAGGAGAGAGAGAGAGAGAGAGAGGCAGAGAGAGAGAGACAGAGCGAGAGAGAGAGGCAGAGAGAGAGAGAGAGGCAGAGAGAGAGAGCAGAGAGAGAGAGAGGCAGAGAGAGAGAGAGAGGCAGAGAGAGUGAGAGAGGCAGAGAGAGAGAGAGAGAGAGGCAGAGAGAGAGAGAGAGAGAGAGAGAGACAGAGAGACACAGAGAGAGAGAGAGAGGCAGAGAGAGAGAGAGAGAGAGGCAGAGAGAGAGAGAGACAGAGAGACACAGAGAGAGAGAGAGAGGCAGAGAGAGAGAGAGGCAGAGAGAGAGAGAGAGAGAGAGAGAGACAGAGAGAGAGAGAGACAGAGAGACACAGAGAGAGAGAGAGAGGCAGAGAGGCAGAGAGAGAGAGAGGCACAGAGAGGCAGAGAGAGAGAGAGAGAGAGAGAGAGAGAGAGGCAGAGAGAGAGAGAGAGAGAAUAGUGAUUAGUGAAGCAGUUUAAAGGCUCCGCCUGCAGGAGGAACCGCCCCUGUGACAAGUAUUUUUUAUUUCUUAUUUAUUUUUAUUUCAUUUAUUUUUUAUUUUUUUUACAAUAGAAGAAAACAAUGCAAGUCGAUAACAACUAUUUCCGUUCUCCGUCUAUAGAUGUUAAAAGUUAUCCUUUUGUAAAGGUAUUCUAGCUCAGGUUCGUCCGUUUCCUUUGUUAAAUAAAUGUUGCCCAACCACU